AUGGCUCACGAGAAUGUUGAUAGUCGACUUCAACAUCUGUGGCCCAAUACACUCUUCCCUUUGAAUAGUGACUUCAAGAUUCCCAUCUUUGGAGAUAGUGAGAAUUCCGGAACCUUCAAGAACAGGAGCUUCACGGUUUGCAACCCAAACAACUCGCAUAAGUACCCGAGUGAAGAAAUGAAGGCUAAGAUAACAGAGGAAAUAGGGUUAACCGAGAAGCAAGUUUCUGGCUGGUUCUGCCAUAGAAGGUUAAAGGACAAACGGUCUGUAAAAGAAGAUGGGAACAACAUAGGUAGCCAAGAUCGGUCAAGCGUUGUUCUUCAAGAUCGUGGGAGCGUACUUCGACAUGGCUCAAGCGGUAGCACUAAGCAAACAGAUCAUUGGAACCAGAAGCCAAGGAAAGUUGAAAGUCAAAGGCUUUAUGAUGAUGGUGAAGUUAACACAUCUUCGGAACGUCGCUCAUCAUUACACAAGAGCCUUGUCUCUAGCAGAGAUGUGGAAAGCUCGAGGUAUGUUGCGCAUAAUGAGCAUCCUCAGGCUAUGAGAAACUAUUGGUUUAGCAAGCCUUCUGAAUACUUGAAAGUGAAGGAAGGUAUUGAGAACAUUGCUAUUACUGCAGUGAAGAGACAGUUAGGAAGACAGUAUCGAGAGGAUGGUCGACCACUAGCGGUUGAGUUCGAUCCUCUUCCUCCUGGUGCGUUUUGA